AUGCAUCAAGCACUGACCACUGUGAAUAGAAAGUUGAGGUCUCUGUCGUCAGUCUCUUCACAAUCAAUCUUGACGGGUAAGACGACAUCAACAUCAACAUCAUCAUCAACAUCAACAUCGACGUCAGCUGCAGCUGCAGCACGUAUGCAUCAUUCACAACCAACAUCGUUCCAUCAUCACUAUCAUGUAAAUGGCAGCAACAGCCACAGCAGUACCCAAGCUGAAUCUGUUGGUGACAAAAAAGGUGGAGCAGUUAAUAACGUGUCAUUGGAACCCACUGUUGAACACCAUCAUCACUAUCAUCACCACCACCAUCACCCACCAUUGUCCGUUUUUCCCAACUCAUCCAGCUUGCGGGAUAUACUAUCGCUUGUUUUUGUUACAUUGUCAUUGCCUCAAUCUAUUUCUUUACUCAUCUGCAUUUUGUAUUUAGUUUUGGGUUCCAAUUUCAUGGGUGGCAAGUUUUUAAUCAAUUUUAUGCUCCCCGACUCUCGAAAGAGAGUGUUCAGAGGUGUGACAUUUUCGGCAUUGAGGGUGGUUUUAAUUGAUGUUGUUGUAUAUUUGACUUUGGUGAAAUUUAUGAAAAAGAGCUAUUUCAAUUAUUUAAUCAUGUUGUCAAAGUCAAUAGUUUCAAGCGAAUUGAUAGGCGCUUCUUCGAUAUACUACAUCAACUCCAUAUCAAACAAGAAAAUCACCAGCAAGAUUCAAUACGACGAUAGAAGACGAACUUUUUUCAACAAUAGUUUGAUGAAUGCAGUAUUGUGCUUCAUUAUCAUCAACUAUAUCAAUUACUUGCUAAACUGGUUUCAUUUUGCAUCGUUGUCAAUCAACCCCACAACAACAACAACAAACGCCACCAUGACCGCAACUACGACGGCAGUGGCAUCACUAAAAUUUAACAAUAUCGCAUCCAAGAUCAUCCCGAUUAACAUAUCAUAUAUAAACAAUUUGAAUUUCACUCAGUACAAAAUUCAACUAUAUCUAUUCCUAUCGAUUCAUAUCAUCAUCCGUGCAUUGCUUGUUAAAAAGUCAACCAUUGUGCAAAACUCAAUACCCGAAGAGAUAUCAGUAAAUGUCGAUGAAAAUAAGUUGAUGAGUAUCGAUGUUGAUUUGAGUCAGACUGCAAAGAACACCUGGAGCACCAUUGCUUAUAAAAAUUUUGAAAAUUUUGUUGUCUCCCCAUUCAAUAGCAAGUUGACGACUUUAAAGACGAGAAUGCGUGCUGCAUCCAUAUCAAAAUCAAAAUUGGGAUCGUUAGGAGUCGCAACUCCACCAACAGCACCAGUGACAGCGUCAACCCCACCAACAUCAAUAACGACGUCUUCCAAAUCAACACCAGUUUCCAAGUCCUUAACUACAACCACAAUCUCACCAAGUGUUACAGUCAUUGAAAACACAAUCAUUAUACAACCAUUUUGGUCAAUAGUUGCUGCAUGUAAGGCAAUUUUGAAAAACCCAAACUUGUUCAAUGGGGAACCAACAGGGAAGAAUGGUGAGGCUACUGCGAGCAAGGAUAUGCCGAUUGCUGUUAUUGCCAUUGAUUCAAGUAAAGUGGUUUUGAAGUUGCUCUUUGAGCAACAACGACUUGAUCUAAAGAUUAGAUUGAACGAUGUCAACUGGUCGUAUUUCAAAGAGGAAUCAAGCUAUAUCACCAUUUAUGGGUUGACCCCGUUGUUCCAAUACAAGGUGGAGAUUUUGGAUGGCGAUGUCUUGCUCAACCAUUUCUUGAUCAACACCACGAACGAAAAUGAUCAAAUUAUCAAUAAAUCAAGUGGAGAAACUUCGUCCUUGGUAACUUUGCAAACUUCACUCACUUCAACAAUGACAAAUUUGAACAAUCUCAAACUCAAGUUGAAGAAGUUGAAAAGGGAUGAAAAUAAGAAAAUCUCCGACUUGAAAAAUUCAAUCGACGUAGUCAAGAAUAAGAUUUCGAAAUACAAUAGUGCCAAACCAGUGAAUGAGAAUCGCGUGUAUGGAAAAAUUCAAGGGUUGAAACAUCUGGUGCUGCAAUUGGAGAGUGAAAUUGAUUCUAUCCAAGCUGAGAUUGACACAUUAACUACAGAGGAAGAGUCUUUGCAGAAACAAUCAAAAGCAAAAGAACACGAUCAGCAAGAAGAGAUUAAUCGAUUAGAAGAGGAGUACACGCAGCAUGAGUCUCGUCUCAAGGAGUACAAGUCAAGUUUGGUCAAGUUGCAACAAGAGCAAAGCAAUUUGUCGACAAAGUAUCAAAAACUACUUGCUCGCCACGAGUCCAAACAAGAAGAAUUGAAGUCUAUCCAUUGGGAAUUGAAGAAUUUGAAAAAGGGUGAAAUUUUGAGCAAGUUUGCUAAACGAAUCAAAAAGACCAACGAAAAGUUUGAUACUAUUAUUCCUAGAAUUUUGCAUGAAACCGAAUUGUUGAGACAAGAGCUUGCAGAGUUGAUGGAGGAUACAGGUGAAAGGUUAUAG